GUGAUUGCGGAAGCCCGCCAUCCCCGAAAAGAAACAAGUGCGGUCUGAAUUUGGGAAUGAUGGUUUCAGAUAAAGAGGCUGGAAGUAUCCGCAGGUUUGUUCGCAGUCAGCUCGGAAAUGAGCCGGAUCUAAGCGCACUGACGUUAGGCAUUUUAAAGAAGCGCUACGUGGCUCAUGUGAGAUGUGAGUCAUUAAGUCCGGAGGCGAAAAAGUUCAUGAAACAGGUGGUUCAAGAGGAGCUGAUGAAAAUGCAGGACAGUGACUGUAAUGGGAGUGAGGUGGAGACGACAAAGCCACAGAAGAAAAGAAAGAGAGAAAAGGUAAAGGAUGAAUCGCUAAGUGACGGAGAAGAUGAAUCGAAGGCAAAGAAAUUCAAAUUCAAGCCGUCAGGCUCGUCCUCAGCAGAGUCGGGGGUGAAGAAGGAAACAAAAACAGAACGAGAAGACGAAGAGCAAAUUCCAUCUGACGAAUCAGAGGAAGAGGAGAAAAAGAAAAACGCUAAACGGCAGGUGAACAGCGACGACUCCGCAGACGAGGAGGAGAAGAAAGAGGAUGAGGCCACAAAGAAAAGUGUGAAAGAAGAAGCAAACGAUGACGACGAUGAAAGCGAAGCAGAGAAAACGCCACAGAGUGACACAGAGGAUGAAAGUGAAGCAGAAAAAAAUCAAGAGAAAGAUUCGUCUGAUGACAGCGAGGAAGAGGAAAAAGUGUCAGUGGAAAAGAAAAAUGAGGAUUCAGACUCGGAUUCAUCGUCGCUUCCGUCUCUAGACGAUGAAGAGAACAGUGGAACAGAAAAUACGCAAGAAGGUGAAAAGAAGAAGAAAGAAACAGUGAAGAAAGAAGAAAUAGUGUCAGUGGAAAAGAAGAAUGAGGAUUCAGACUCGGAUUCAUCGUCGCUUCCGUCUCUAGACGAUGAAAAGAACGAUAGAACAGAAAAUACGCAAGAAGAAAAGGAGGAGGAAGAGAGGAAGAAGAAGAAGAAAUCGGUAAAGAAAGAAGGAGGUAACAAAGCUGUGAAGGAAGAAAACAAAACCAUCAAGAGGCUCAAACGUUAUAUUUCUCUCUGUGGUGUGAGGAGGAAUUACAAGAAGCUGCUGGACGGCUGUCGCUCGGUUCGCUCCCAGGUGGCGGCUCUGAAGCAGGAGCUGGAAAAUCUGGGCGUCCAUGGUAAUCCCACUGUUGAGAAAUGCAAAAAAGUCCGAAUGAAGCUGGAAACAGAUCAGGAACUGGCUGCUCUUGAUGUCAACAACAUCAUCACCACAAAAGGUCGACCUAAACGCAGAGCCUCAGGAUGGCAGGACAAACAGGACUCGUCCCCUGUUUAUCAGCGCACCAUGAGCUCUGACAGCGACCAAGAGAACAAGACACGAGGAGGAGGCAGAAAAUCAUCCCAGUGGGCAAACCUGCGUGGGAUCAUCAGUGACGACGCAGACAGCGACUGACGCACAGACACCUGGAAAUGUUGAUACUGUUAAUAAUUUACACAAACAAAUACCUGAGAUCAAAUUAAGUCUCUCAGACCGUGGGGUUUUCAUGUUAAAUAUUACUAUAUUAAUGUACUAUAUUUUGAAUAAAAAACUUUUUUAAGCAUAA